AUGCAAGCCAUUCGGGCCCACUCGGCAGCUUGCUCUCAGGUGGCUGUGAAUCUCAUGUUGCAGCUUCUUGCCUUUUUGGGGUCUGAGUCCAGCUUUUUCUCAGCCAUCCAAUCAGCAGUACAUUUCGAUGCACACGUGCGCCGUGUCCUGGCUGGUUUUGCCGCAACGACAGUGAUCAGGUACAUCACUACCUUCAACUCCUUCGCCAAGGCUUGUGAGGACUUAGAUGUGUGUCUUCUUGAGAUUACUGCUGUGCAAGCGGCCGACAUCUUGGUCACUUUGCAGCUUCAAAGGCAGGAAGAUCCGACUGUCGGCUCAUCGGCGAUCACUUGCAUCAAAGCUGUGCGAUGGGUUUACAAGAACACCCAAUGCAUCGUGUUUGAGGUUUUCUAUGGCGAGCUGAUUUCAUCCUUCUUGAAGACCAAACUGCUUAAGGACCGCAGGGAGAGCUUGCCCCUGCCGCUGUUUGCUCUUGUGCAGUGGGAACGGCGCAUCCCUCAGCGCUCCACCCCAUUGGUGGACGUCGUGCUGCUCGGUGCCUUUCUCGUCACAUGUUGGUCGAGUCUUCGUUUUGCUGACAGCCAGCGCAUUGAAUGGAGCUCAUUUGCCUUCGUGGUUUCGCUUCGUGCCAUCGCAUACCAGACGAAAACUUCGCAUCAGGGCCAGCCCUUCGGCCUAAUCACACAAGGCUUCUUGCAUCAUGGCUCGCAUUCCUGGGUGGCCAAAUGGCUCCGUGUACUUGAUUCCAUCGCUUCGCAGGAGGACCGGCCUGAAGACAGCAAGGAAGUGGGCUAUCACUCCUUCACAGGUGCGCUUCUGGGACGAUUGAGCUACGGCAAGGAGGAACCCCUCCUCAGGCGUGUGGCGUGGGGACACCGGUGCGUAGCGGUGGUUAAGAGAUUCGCUCAGGCGGGUCUCGACCACUUCAUCCUCCAGCUUUGCUCGGAGAGCUUCUGGUUGGUUGUCUUUCACCCGGGGACGGCCUCUCUCCUUGGGACGUGUAGCACUCCCGGUGAGGACGUGUCUCACUCCUCUGAUGUGCAGCUCUGCGGGACGGGUAUUUUGGCCCACAGCAAAAGAAGUCAGGAAGCUGUAGCCACAAGCAGAAGAAUGGAGGAAGUGAUGGACAUCCUGAUGAUCACGCUAAGUGUUAUGGGAGUAAUCUUCCUCAUCCAACAAGUGAUAAAAGGGUAUAAAGUUUUGUACAACAAGCUGAAGAUCAAAAGGACACAGAAAGCCGCGGUGAAAGCCCUCAAGUUCGACAAGGCAGAAUGCAGAAGUAUGCACUGCAAUGUGUCACCUGGCGAGAAUGGUAUGAUGUUGACGAAAGCACAGAAGAUGCCCAACGACCAGAAGCAGAAGUCAGCAGUCCUGGCGGGCUUUCGCCCGAGGACGCCAUUGCACCGUGGAGCACAGCUCCCCAUGGCACCGAUCCCCUUCACGUUGGAAGCCUUGAGUAAAGAGAUUGUCACUCCCGCUUUGGAGGAAAACACAAUUGCUGCCGGGCCCUCUUUGCCCGACACUGGUCUCCUCUCGCAUCCGUCGCUUCAGGCCCGAACUGUUAGUUUUGCUAGAGCCUCGGGCUUCCAUCAGCUCCUUCAGAAUCACGGCAUCAGCCAGGAGCUCACGGAAUCAGAGCUUGCGGGGGUCCUCCCUGAGAUGUUCCCGGACACUGAAGUGUCCUUGAUGCAGCGUGCCAAGCUGCGAGCCGUGUGGUCGUCGCUGCAGCGACGGAGCAAUGCAGAGACUGUUAAGCGGAACUGGUCCUGGAUCCCGUGGAAGAGCCGCGUGACACAACAAAUGUAUGAGGAUUCCUACAUGCAGAAGCCCGCCAAAAGGGCCAGGAUUGAGACCCUUCAGCUUUCGGACCUCUUACUUGACGAACCGCCGCAGAUCGACAUCAAUGACUCCACAAUCCGUAGACUGUUGGAGGUGCAUGACGAUGCCCUCGCUCUUGCUGGUACCGCGCACCUCGCGCGCCUUAAGGCGUACACUUCUAAGUUCUUGAGCCUGGUUGUGCUGGAAGCUCAGCAGGCGGACAAGCACCUUUGGUCGUGCAUCUUUCAGUUGGUGAUCGAGAAUCAGUGGCAGGUGAACGACGCUAUCUACGAGUUCACAGAAAUCCGCGGUGACAUGUCAUCAUGGCUGCUGCAGCCUCGCGCCAAAGCGGCUUCUGCCAACAAUCGUAGGCCGUACACGCCAGGUGGCCGCGACAACCGCCCACCCACCCCGCCGCCAGGUCGUGGCAUUGGCAAAGGCAAGGGGAAGGCCAAAGGCUCCACCAAGCAAGGCACCCAGCCUAGGGGCGUUCAGUGGGUUCGUGAGUUCAAGGAGGGCAGCCAGGUGAAGAGAUUGUGCAUAGGGUGGCAGAUCGGGAAAUGCCAGCGUGGAAAUUCCUGUGAGUUCACGCAUGGCGGACGUUCCACCUUCCUCAUGCACUUCAAGCACUUCAAUUUCGCCGGUGCCGCCUAUCAGCGCUUGUUCGAUUGCAUUUUGUGCUCACUGCGGGAAGCCCCUUGGCCCCAACAGGUUACCUCUGCCCUGCCUGAACUUUGCAGGGACCUGAAUGCCCUCUUCAGGUACCUCUUUCCAACGGAGCACUGGAACACUUUGUGUGUUUCGCGCAACGGCCUCAGUGCGCUGCAUUCCGACUCAGCCAACAUUCCGGGCUCACGCAACUUGUCACUUUCACUGGGCGCCUUCUCAGGUGGUCAUCUGUGGAUUGAAGACCUCUCCUGCCUCUCACGAGGCCAGCCGACAUCAAUCGCAUCCGGCUCGGGCUGGCUGCAUGGCUGUGCCAUCGACACGCAUCGAAAAGCCAUCAGCUUCGAUGGCCGCAUUAGACACAUGACACUUCCGUUCUCAGGUGAGCGUUGGGCCCUCACGGUCCUGUUCUUGUGUGGGUCGGGAGCGGUUGCCUACCUCGCGGCAUCGCCCCUGACUGCGUCAGAAAGCUCACCUGAUCAGCCAGGCCCUUCCUCAUGGCUGCUGUCUGCCAUGCACGAGCAAACAAUGGCGGCAAAGGUUUCCCGUUGCACCUGGCUUCUCAGCAUUGUGCACACUGCCGGGGGUCACGGGCAUCUCGAAAUGCCCCCCGAUGCCACCUUCUGGUCCUCCUCGCGCCCACAAGACGGGUUGCAUCAGGGCAGCUGUGCUCUCAUUUUGGUGCCUUCUUUGCUGCGUGCAGGUUUGGCCACUCCGACCCAACCCCUAUGGGCCGCUUCCUACCGCCCUCUGUCUAUCCUGGCAGCCGACUUGUACGCAACCGCGCUCCCACAAAGCGGUCAGGCGUACGCAUCUUCGUUCGCCAGUAUCGCUGCCGCUCUGCUACAUGGGGAAGGCCGCGAGCUCUCCUUGCAGUCAGCCGAGGCUGCCAUUCCACGCAAAAGCCUCUUUACUGGCCCGCACGCCCUCCACGAUGGGGCGGGAAAAUGCUCCAUGGCUGAUUGGAGCAGCCCGGCAUUUGCAGAUAAACUUCGUGGCUUACGGAAGGCAAUGUUGCAAUUCUGCAUCUCCCUUCGUGCCGACAAGCGCUUGCUUGCCAGAAGCUCAUGCCCAUCGCCGGAGCCGCUCUUCAGCGCCACUGGUGCGCCUUUGUGCUAUCAGUGUAGGUCAGUGGCAGGCGAGGCAUGA